CUAAGGUACCAUAUCGGCCCCAUCCUCGCCACCAUUUUAGUAGCUUCUAGGUUAGAAAAUAAAACGGCCGCUUGUCGAAAUAACUUGGAAACAGAUAAUUUCCAUGUGAGCUCCAGCGACGUUUGUUCUGUUUGACCACGUUUUUGUAUACACUUCCUUCUUUACCAUACGCUUUUGUCGAUUUUUUAUAUGGAAUACGCAAUUACCCAACAUGGAUGACAGUUUUGUAAAAGUUGGAGGAUCUCCAGAGGAGGUUAGAACUUAUAGGGCCCAUGUAUCAUCAAAAUAUCUCGAGCUCACGAGGAAGAAGCUCGAGGUUACGCGGUUGCCGCAUGAUCUGACGCUUGACAAGGGGAGGGAGUGGGAGAUGGGCACGCCCAAGUCCAUCAUUGAGCCAUUGGUAGACUACUGGCUCGAAACAUACGAUUGGCGCGGACAAGAACAGUUAUUCAAUGAUACCCUCCCGCAAUUCCGCGUCUCUAUCACCCCCCCUGGGGCUGAGAACAGGAAACCGCUCCGCAUUCAUUUCAUCCACAUAAAGUCGCAGUCAGCGAACGCUAUCCCGCUGCUACUUCUCCCCUCCUUUCCAUUCACAAACCUCUCAUUCUCGCCGCUCUUUGCUGCCCUCCACUCUCCGGCAGAUGGAGGCCAAGCAUACGACCUCGUCGUUCCCUCGAUUCCCGGCCUCGGUUUCAGCGACCCGUUCAAUACCUCGCCGAACGACCCACUCCUCGCUUCGACAGCUUAUAUCUUCAACCGCCUCAUGUCAAUACUGGGUUAUAACCAAUACCUAGCCACUGGCACCGGCUCUGCGGCAGCCAGCCCAGCGAACAUCGACUAUCACCUCCCCCGUCUCAUCGCCGAGAGGCACAGCUCAAAUUGCCUCGGAAUGCACAUCAUCGAUCCCGCAGUCCUAAGUCCGAGUCCAACAGCCGCACCACUAAGCUACCUAAAAUACUCCUUCGCCAAACUCUUCCACGCCUCCAUCUUCGGCUACACCUCCGCAGACUGGGCAGCCUCAACCCGCCGCCCCUCCGACCAACCCGGCAUCUCCCCCCCCAGCCCCGCCGAACUCGACGCAACCACCGUCUCCGAGCCCCUCGACAACGCCCCCCGUCGCCCAAUCCUCGACCGCCAAGGCACAGGCCCCUCCCUCUUCAAACGCCCCGUCUUCUCCACCACCGACGAAGCAACGCGCCUCUCCAAAAGCCACCUCUCAGGCGACCUGACCCUAACCCUCGCCUACGCCCUCUGCGACUCCCCCACCGGCAUGCUCUCCCUCGCUCUCCUAGGCCUCGAGCGCAUCUGCCCAAACCACACCCUCACCAAAGCGGAAAUAACAACCAUCCUCCAGCUCGCGUGGCUACCUGGUCCCGAAGCCGCGCUGCGGCUCUGGAGCGGCGCAGACUCAGAGGUGAGGAAGGAGGCUGCUGAGAGGACGGCCCCGAGCGGCGGUGGCUGCCCGAUAGCCAUCACUGCGUUUGAGGGCGCGCUGGGCGAUUCGGGCAGCUUUAGGAGUCCGGUGUGGGCGGAGACGAGACACCGCGUUGUGCAUAUUUCGCGCUGCAAGGGAUUGCCUGGUCUGCCGUGGGAGAAUGCCGAGACGAUCGUUGCGGGUGUGAGGGAGCUGAGUAAGGCGGUGUGGAAGCAGGAUGGUCAGGGCGCGGGGUUGGAGGAGGCGGUGUCGUAUAUGGAGGGCCGUGAGAAGCAGGGCGGGUUCUUCGAUGAGGGUGAGGAGCUCGAUGCUGCUGAUCUUGCGCUGCGGAGGCCGCAGAUGUCUGAGAAUAUGGGGAGCUCGGAUACGGUUGUGCCGACUAUGUGGACGCCUGAGGGGCUGUCGGCUGGGGGGUCGCUGGAUGAGAUGAAUGGGAGGUUGGAGACGGAAGAGGGGUAUUAUACGGACCAGGAGCUUGCUGGGACGUGGAAGGGUGAUUCGAAGGGGAAGCAGAGUGAGGAACCGGUUGAGCCGUCGGAGAAGUCGAAGGGGAAGAAGAAGGAGGAGAAACCGGUGAGGAGGAAGAAGGGGAGGAGGCUGCAGCGCAGGAUGGGUGUCGAGGGGUGGGGUUAUAUCUGGGAGGAGUAGGGAAGGCGUUUUUCAUCAUCAAUUGCCCCGUCGCCAAACUGGAUCUGGCGAUGGAAGAGCGAAUUUGGAUUUUGCGGCAUUAUUGCAUUAUAGAUGGGGUUGGGGAAAUACUUAUAAACGGAUAUAGUAUAGAAAUAGAUGGGAAAGAUAUAUCCUUGGAUUUCCUAUAUUUAGUGUCUACAGGUCAUUACAUAGAGUGUAAACUAGAAGCACACAGAAUUGUACAAAUCAG